AUGUAUCCGCCACAGUUUUGGGAUAAUCUUUCACGCAUUCCUCUUGUUGAAAGCGCUCUACGUGAGCUCGACCGACGCAACAGCGAGACUCGACUAUGGGAAGAAGGCUUGGAAGACGCUCGUCAAUUACCUAGUGAUGCUCAGUGGCUUGAAGUUGGCAUCAUAUCCCAGGACAUACAUCGAUUCUCGCGCAACGGUGGACCUGACCUGUCGGAAUUCAGAGGGGUGCAUAGGUCUACCGGGCUUGGGCGACACACACGUGGAGUAAAUCGGAUCGGUGUAUCACAAAACUUUGGAACGGGGUCAUGUGAGAGGUCGACGACGCCCACAAGUACCAGAGCCGGCCCAUACGAUCCUGCAUUCAUGCAGCAUCUCCUUGAAUACAACAUACUGCCCCUGGAAUAUGAAGUGCCGGAUGAUCAGCAUCCUGCGCCCCCGGACAACAUGCGUGAGAUCACUGCUGAGAUAUGCGCUAAGCGAGGUUCCGAGCCGGUCGAGGACUUUCGAAGCUUCCAGAGAGCCUAUAGACAAGCUUCAAACGAGGAAGACGCUCUGAAUCAGAUAGAUUCCCUCCAGGGCGACAAGACAGCUCUAAUGCGGUCCCAUGCCAUCCGACAGAAGAAGAAGAUGAAUCAACUGGCUCCCCUGACAGACGGCAGUAUUGCACAUGGGAACCCAGACCGUGUCUACGGGUCGCGCGCCGCUGAGCUCGCCUUGUUCACCCGCGAGCGGCUCAAAGACUUGAUCGUCCCUACUCCUGAGCAGGACUUCAUCUGCCCUAACUUUGUGGUUCACGCUAAGGGCUUAAGGGGUACUGCGGCAGUGGCGAGUGUGCAGGCUGUCUACGACGGCGCGCUCGCAGCGCGUGGAAUGCAAGCUCUGUGGGAGUUUGGAGACGGGCCUGAUGGCAUUGUCACUCAAGACCCUGCUCGCGGGGCCAGUAAACUUGGCGGUAGCAGGGCUAUCCUUCGACCGCGUUCGCAUAGGUCCACAGAACCCGGUCCAGGGCUUGUAGUCGAUGCUCAGGUUUCCCGGGUAGCUCGCACCAUCACAUGUACCUGGGUUUAUGGGGUUCUGAAGAUUUAUGCUGUUCAUUGUGAGCCAAGUCCAGGUAUCCGUGAAGGAGAUAUUAUUGAGGGAAGACAGGCGGCCGGCGCCCCAAGAUAUGUCUCCACCCUGAUAGGAUCGUGGAUCAUGACCGACAGAGAGGAUCAUUACCGAGAGGGUCUGCGGGCAUACCGUAACGCACUAGACUGGGCAAAGAGACAGCGCGACAUGGCGAUUAGCCGUGCCAACGCGAGGGGGCAAGCCGAAGAUGCGCGUCGACGCAGGGAUGAAGAGAAAAAGUCCGAACCGGUCAUGUGA